CUAAAAGAUGGUGCUUUUACCUAAAUAGGAGUGGUCCUAUUUGACUACACGUUUGUAGAGAUAAAAUUACUCUUAUAUCCCCUGAUUCCAUUUUAUUCAAAAAAAAAGGAAUUAGUUUCAGUCUUGGUUUCCAUCAAUAAACGAAGUCCUUCCUAACGCAGGUCUCGAAGUCGAUCAUUACUGCUGCUCAAUUGUCGAUCGGUCUAAUGGAGGUGAUGAUAAUGACCUUGUUGAUGAAGUUUCGAUUGUGCAGACCAUGAAUCUAGUGAAAUCACUUUAGGCGAAUGACUUUGUGAUGAACUAGCCUUAAUUGGGAACCAAGUCAGAAGAUCACGUGCUUUUGUAAUGUUUGGAAAGGGGAAGCAAUGAAGGAAGUGAAGUCCUCGGGAGGAAGACGUUAUGUUUCGACUAUUAUAUUUAUGCAAUUGAGGAAUUUGUGAUUCAAUCCACAAUGUGGAUUGAUGUCUUCAAACAAGAACGGAAAAGUUCCCAUGGUGUCAUCGAAAGGAAAGGGAACGAAUAAGGGAAACCCCAUAGAUCCAGGCAGUUUAAGUGUCAUGGCAUCCAAAAUUCAGCGUGAUCGCCUACAUCAAAAACAACCUAUAUCCAGUGAAAAAACACUUGGGAGACUGAGCCUGUGAUUGAUAUGAUGCCUACACCAACGCUUCAUCCAUUAUCAACGCUCAUACGUGAGGACUUUAUGCGAAGCACUGAUUUUGUGGGUGACAGGAAUGACGAGGACUGUGAUAAUUACUCCUCAAGCUCUAGUGAUAACAAUAAUGAUGAAGACCAUGAUACCAGCGGUGGUGUGGAAUCUCAGGAUGAAAGUUAUUCUGAGGAUGAGAGUGAUGAAGAGGAUAGUGACAUCAGUGGCAAAAACCUUGAAGGUGAUCAAACUGAAACAACUUCACGCAAGCCUCAGCGUAAGCGUAUUCGUGCAAUACCUCAAGAGGAGUGGCCCAAGGAUGAAUAUGGACGAUGGGUUCUUCAUUGUGUUGGAAACGGGUGGGUUCCAUCACAACCGGGGCUAGAUGCUUUGAACGAUGCGAUUAUGAGCUCGUAUAGGGAUGCUUGGCCGACAUGGACUUUGGUGCCUGGAGAUGUUAAGGCUAGAUGGUGGGAUUUUUUUAAGGACCGAUGUACUUGGAAUCCCACUCAUACUGACACCAUGAAAAAAAGUGAAAUUUGCACUAAAUAGGACUAAAACAUAAUGACUUUUCUAAUCAUUUUCUUGUUUUAGACUUGGAUCUAGACUUACCCCUUCUCUGGUUGAAUUUUCUCACAUUUGAGUUAUCAUUGUUAGCAUGUUUAUGGUUUUGAAACUUAUUCAAAGUUCUACCCCUCACAUGCAUAACCUCCCCAGAAUUUUUAUCACUCUUAGAAUUUUUCAACUCUAAUUCCUUACUCUUAAGACCAUUCACAACAACAUCAAGAGAAAUAUUAUCCCUACCAUAUUUAAUUGCAGAUUUAACAUCACUGUAGGAAUCAGGAAU